GCGAUCAGCUGGCAGUCACACCACCUCAACGGCAGGAGUAGGAGGCUGUGCAUCCAGUGCAUCGGCGAUUCGUUCUAAGUUGAUAAAAAAAUCAUGCAGGGGAACGCCGAUGUGUGUUUGUGGAGGCCGGACCCGAGGAAGAAAACAAAGAUAGAUGAAUUCCGAGAAUUAAUAAACAAGAAGCACUGUCUCCAACUUGGGGAUUACCAUGAGCUGUACAAGUGGUCAGUGGAGGAAUAUCCAUCUUUCUGGGGUGCAUGGUGGGAGUACGCCAAAUUCGUGCACUCUUCCCCACCCAGUCAAGUGGUGGACCCUUCCCUUCUCAUCAACGACAUUCCUCGUUGGUUCUCUGGGGCUAAGCUCAACUUUGCCGAGAAUCUCCUGCGCUUCAAGGAUGACCGUGUCGCGAUUUAUGCCACAGGUGAGGGUCAGCCUGGCAUUACUACUAUCACAUACCAGCAGUUACACAAGAGCGUUGGUAUGUAUGCCAGGGCGCUGAAAGGGUGCGGAGUUAAAUGCAGUGAUCGUGUCGUUGGUUACAUGCCCAACUGCCCCCAGACAGUGGAGUCUAUGUUGGGCACAGCUGCCAUAGGCGCAACAUGGAGUUCAACCUCACCUGACUUUGGGGUCACAGGCGUUUUGGAAAGGUUUACGCAGAUAGAACCAAGUGUCCUCUUUACGGUGGAAGCAGUCGUCUACAAUGGGAAGAUCCAUGAUCACACUGCCAAGGUCAAGAAGGUUGUUGCAGGCCUGAAGCACUUGAAGAAAGUUGUCAUUGUGCCGUUUGUGCAUAAGAAACAGGACAUUGACAUUUCUGACAUCCCAAAUAGCAUUUUCCUUGACGACUUCCUGGCCGAGUGGGCUACGGGUGAAGCCAUAGAGUUCGAGCAGCUCCCUUUCCACCACCCACAGUUCAUCAUGUUCUCGUCUGGAACAACUGGCAUCCCCAAGUGCAUGGUUCAUUCAGCAGGGGGAACGCUCAUCCAAAUAGCCAAGGAACACAUUCUUCAUUGCGAUCUCACAAGGGAAGAUGUCCUUACCUACUAUACCACGACGGGUUGGAUGAUGUGGAACUGGCUUGUGGUGGGGCUUUUCACCGGCUGCUCUCUCUUUCUCUACGAUGGUUCUCCGCUUCUGCCCACACCCUCCAUCAUGUGGGACCUUGUCGACAAGCUUGGAAUCACUGUCCUAGGCACAGGUGCUAAGUGGCUGGCCGUGCUGGAGGACAGGGGAGUAAAGCCUCGGGAGACCCACGACCUGUCCUCCCUGAGAGCCAUUCUCUCAACUGGAUCUCCACUCUCAAGCCACUCCUUCAGAUAUGUCUAUCGGGAUAUUAAGGAGGACGUGAUGCUGGGCUCCAUCACAGGAGGAACUGACAUCAUUUCCUGCUUCAUGGGCAGCAACCCUACCUUGCCUGUACAUGAGGGUGAGAUCCAGUCUAGGAACCUAGGCAUGGCAGUUGAGGCUUGGAACGAGGAGGGGCAGCUGGUUUAUGACAUAAAUGCCGAGCUGGUGUGCACAAAGCCUUUCCCCUCCAUGCCCACACACUUCUGGAACGAUGAUGGCGAGAUCAAGUACACCAAGGCUUACUUUGCAAAGUACCCCCGCACAUGGACUCACGGUGACUUUGUUACCUUCAAUUCUAAGACAGGAGGAAUAACAAUGCUUGGGCGCAGUGAUGGAACGCUGAACCCAAAUGGGGUCCGUUUUGGAAGCGCAGAGAUUUACAACAUUGUUGAGCAAUUUGACGAGGUAAAUGACAGUGUGUGCGUAGGCCAAAGGAAUGCAGAGGGUGAGGAACGAGUUGUACUCUUUUUGAAGAUGCUCCCUCCUGCCGAGCUGACACCAGAGUUCAAGCGCCGUCUUGCGGUGGCAAUUCGUACACAGCUUUCUGCUAGGCACGUUCCCUCUGUCAUCCUGCCCAUUUCAGAAGUGCCAUACACCGUGAGUGGCAAGAAAGUGGAGGUUGCCGUGCGACAGGUCAUCCAAGGGGAGACUGUCGGAAAUCGAGCUGCACUUUCCAACCCAGACUCUCUCGACCUCUAUGCCAACCUCCCUGAACUGCAAGGGUGGUGAGACUCCAGGGGACGGAGAGUGAGACUAGGGAAGGAUGGUGAAUCUUCAAGGGUGGCAAGAGGCAUAAUGUAAAUCCACUUGUUGAUCUCUACUAGUGGCAAGUUAGGUGGCCUGGUUCUGCACAAGAUGCAGUGGACAAGUCAUGUUAUGCUGAUAUGUAAAAUGGAAAUUAAAGAAGAGAAAGAAAAGAGGAAGUGGUAAUAAAAACUGCAGAAGAAGGAAGGAAAGAAAGUAAAAGUGGUAGGUUUAUAUUGCUGAUUAUGUGCCUUUUUAGGUCUCCUGGUGUAGAAAUUUGAUCUGGUUUAACAAUAAGAAAAUUAAUACUAUUUUUUUCAGUGCUGCUGAAAUUAGGGUCAAGAAUCGAUGAUCACCAAGUAUUGUUACUCAAGUUUUGUAACAUGAAAAUGUUGUUUAAGUUUUAGAUGGUACAAAAAAGGUCUGUGACAGAAAAUAAAAUGUGAAGAGUAUAAUUAAAACAAGUUGGCAGCAUAGCAUUGCAUUUAUAGGAAAGCUAAAUUAUGCAGGGGUUACUUUGCACUGCAUUAACUCUUAGGGUAAUUUAAAUAUGAUGGAUUUUCUCAUGUGUUAAUAUUCUGGUUUGUAUAAAUAUAAUACGUUUCAAUAACUUUUGAAAAUAAUCAGGAGUGUGAAUCUUUAAAUGUAUUUUCUCAACGAGAAAAUAACUUCUUUUGACUAUUUGAAUUUUAGUGAAGAAAAUGAGGAAGACAGAUUAUUAUUGAUUUUUUUUUUUUCUUCGCUUUCACUCUCUUUCCAUUUUUAAGGAAUGAAAGGAUUUUACAAAAGAUUUGUACAUGUAUUUGAAUAUAGUAUCAAGAUAUUUGGUUGAUCACUUGCACUAGACAUCAGUCUCAUGAAAUGCUUUCAGUAUUGAUGCAAUCUGAGGUGUCCCAACUGGAGUCACAGUGAACACAAGUUAGAUGUUUAGGGUUUAGGUUAAGUGAAGAUAUGAUCCGGUUUUACAUUACAAACCCACACAAGGGCUAGGAUGGUGCCUUCUAGAAGGAUUUUGGUUUUUGCAAGGAGAACCCAUUACCCCAAGUGGAUGCCCUUCCAAACGUAGAUCCUGGGCAGGAAUCGAAUUCUCAGGCUGGGUGACCAACGCUCAUGGUCACCAGUUGCAGGCAUUGCCACUGCACCACAGCAGCUGCCUUAGAUUAAAUGAACCAAACUUAAUAUUAUGCAUUAGCAGGGAGCAAGAGUGAGUUUGAUAUAUUUAUAGGAAAGAGUGAGUAACUACGCAACUACAUUGACAUGUUUCUGUUAAAUCUUUAUUAGAAUUGCAUGAAUUGUAAUGAAGAUUUAAUCAAAACACAUCAUUUAUGUUGCUCAUGUAAUCAAAUUACUGGUUCUCAUCUGUAACUCUUUUUACUUUGGUCAUAAUAAGCCUGUGUGAUUGUAAUUUCUUUGUGACUGUUUUUAUAGUUUCUGAGCUGUCAGUACUGUUGUGCAAUGUAAUCUCUAUUUCCUGAGAUGCGAUGAGGAAUCACAAAGAAAGGUCUUUUACUCAGCAUAGAAAACUGUGAUAGCUGUUUGGUAAUUUUUUUGUUAGGGUUGAAGAUAUAUAUACACAAAUAGGCUUUUAGUUAUGGAAAAAUCUGUAAUAAUUUUAUACAUUUUAUAAAUAUACAGGUCUAUAUAAAGAAAGAAAUUAUAUAAAUUUAUAUAGAGGACAAAACCUAUAUGUAUAUAUCUUAACACAUUAUAUAUAAUGAGGAAAAACUCAA